GUUUCCAUACCCCUUGCUGGAAACACCUGCGUCUUUGAGUGAUUGAACCACCUGAUAAAUGUGAGAAUCAUGCAGCUGUAUACCUGGUUUCUAGUCAGCCUUCUGGCCAUUGUGACAAUCAUUGGAAUUCCAGGUAACAUACUAGUUCUUCUUGUCUACGCCAAUAAAACUAAACGUACGGGGACGCGCGUCUUCAUUCUGGGCUUAGCUGCGGUGGAUUUAUUUAUCUGUGCACUGUCUGGCUACCGAUUCUAUCUCUGGAUUCACGAGGACUCUUUCUCUAGUGACUUCAUCUGUCGGUUCUUUAGCUGGAUCGGCUUAGCUAGUGAAUUAUCCUCCGCGUUUGUCACCACGGCAGUUGCAGUAGAUCGCUACUUGGCAAUCUGUCGCCCACAUCUCGGCUGGAUGACCCACAAACGCGCUCAAAUUGUGUGCUUCACUGGAGUCGUUGCCUCUACGGUCUUAACUCUCCCCGCAGUGCUAGUCUACACAGCCUCCACUGAUACACAAGGCCAUAAAUCCUGUGAAAUCACAGGAUCAGAUGUAGACCGUUACUGGGUCUACAUCGCUUUAUUCGUCAUGGCCACCGCGUUCAUUAUCAUGAUGAUAACAUCCCUGGCCAUGUACAUGUUGAUAUAUCGUGAGGUCCGCAAACGAUUGAAAGUUCGACCGUCUAUUAUCCAAGUUGCUCCCGCAGAGAAGUCCAGCGACAAAGAAGCAGGUCGCUCGAAUCAUCUGACCGGGAUGCUGAUGGUUGGAGAUUCCAUGAUAGGAAUAUCUCUUCAUUCGAGGAGCUCAGAUAAUCGCCGGCACAGCAUCGGUGAAGCCGAAGGAAUCUCACAGAAACUGAUCAAACCUCGGAACCGAACACGAGCUGGCUCGCCUGUCUCAUUUCGUCGGAGCUUUAAAGAAAAAACUGACUCGAAUCCGAAAUCAGUCAAGACUGGUCACGGUUGUCUUAAGGACUGCCAAGAGAAGAGAAAGGUUGCUAUAGCAACUGUAGGAUCAUCUAGUGAGGACACAGGAUCAGACCACGGUCCUAAGACCAAACUGACCGCUGACCACAAUGAAUCAACUGACCAUGCCAUUAAGAAGGGUAAAAAGAGCAAAACGGGGAAGAUGUUGCUCCUAGCAACGGUUGUCUUCGUAGUGACUUGGUCUGCUCGUUUACUGAUGUGGCUGAUAUCUUACAUGCUUGAUGAGAAAUGGACAUAUUUAAAGGACACUAACGAUGUUGCCUUCGCAUUUCUGAGUCUACUGCAGCAUUUGUAUUACACCACACCAGCCGUCAAUCCUGCCAUUUACAGCUUCGUCAAUGACAGAUUUAGAGAGGAAUGCUUAAAGAUUGUGCGGAAGAUGAACUGCCUCAAGGGAUCAAACAUGAGAUAGGAAUCAACAUGUGACUAUCAUGUGACCGGUCACGUGUGACUCGGUCAAAAUGUGGCCAUGUGAAUGAUUGACGUAUAAUAGUGGUAUGCCUACAUUGCAGUGAAUUUGACUCUUUCACAAAGCAAAUGCGGUUAUCUUUCGAUGAUGCAACAAUAAAUGGAAUGGAUUUGUUUCCUUGCGAGGAUGGAGUCAUCUUCAAUUGUCGGAUAAUAGGCAAGACUUAGCGACAAGGACGGAUCCGGGGGGCCAACGGGGGCCAUGCCCCCCCCCCCCAAAGUAACCCCUUUUGUUUUAAGUGACGUCGCAA